GGAUAAUGUUUGGUCUCAAUCUGGCUGGGACUUCAGAGGUCAACGCUGCUGACAGCAUUGCGUCUGGAUGUGACAAACCCUGUGAAAUGGAAGCUUCUGGAGUAGGAGAGAAGAGUUCCUGUUCACUGCACAAGCACACCUAAGUGGUGUAACAGAACAGAGGUGGAGGGGGUUCCCUCAAAUCGUAUUGCCUCCAUCUUAUGCCUUUUACCGACAUCUGUCCAGUCGUCAUUUGAUUAUGAAGAUUACUUCGACACACACACAGCAGACAACCUCCCUGUUGCUCAGCGUACUGUGGAGGAGGUGCUCACUUCUCCGUCCUUCACCAGAGCACCGACUGGUUAUUGAGCAUUGGGGACCGGCUCUGCAUCGACACACAGCAACACAACAGAGAGCAACAAAGUUCAAAGCUACUUGAGUCCUGAUUUCACAAGGAAGGCAUGCCCUGGACCAGACCACAGGUGGACCUUCAUGCUGCUGCAGCGGAGGCCAUGGACCAGUACAGCAUAGUCGACCACCACUAUGAGGGCUCCCUGUUUCCCACCUCCACCCUCAUCCCCGUCACGGUCAUCUGCAUUCUCAUCUUCAUCAUCGGGGUGACGGGCAACACCAUGACCAUCCUCAUCAUCCAGCACUUCAAGGACAUGAAGACCACCACCAACCUCUACCUGUCCAGCAUGGCGGUAUCUGACCUCAUCAUCUUCCUCUGUCUGCCCUUUGACCUGUACCGCCUGUGGAAGUACGUGCCCUGGCUCUUUGGGGAGCCAGUGUGCCGCUUCUAUCACUACAUCUUUGAGGGCUGCACCUCUGCCACCAUCCUUCACAUCACGGCCCUGAGCAUCGAGCGCUACCUGGCCAUCAGCUUCCCCCUCCGGAGCAAGGUGGUGGUGACCAGGCGCAGGGUCCAGUACAUCAUCCUCGCCCUGUGGGUUUUCGCCCUGGUGUCCGCAGCUCCCACACUCUUCCUGGUUGGGGUGGAGUAUGACAAUGACACCCACCCAGACUACAAUACAAGGCAGUGCAAGCACACCAACUAUGCCAUCAGCUCCGGGCAGCUGCACAUCAUGCUGUGGGUGUCCACCACCUACUUCUUCUGCCCCAUGCUCUGCCUCCUCUUCCUCUACGGCUCCAUCGGGUGCAAGUUGUGGAAAAGCAAAAAUGACCUGCAAGGUGCUUUGGCCCGUGAACGAUCACACAGACAAACAGUCAAGAUCCUGGUGGUGGUGGUGCUGGCCUUCAUCAUCUGCUGGCUGCCUUACCACAUCGGCAGGAACCUCUUCGCCCAGGUGGACAACUAUGACACGGCCAUGCUGAGCCAGAACUUCAACAUGGCCUCCAUGGUGCUCUGCUACCUCAGCGCCUCAAUCAACCCCGUCGUCUACAACCUCAUGUCUCGGAAGUACAGGGCUGCAGCCAAACGCCUCUUCCUGCUGCACCAGCGGCCUGGACAGGCCCACCGCGGUCAGAGGCAGCUGAGCGACCACAUCUCCACCCUGAAUGAAAGCCUGACUGGGGUGUGAGGGGCCUCAGCACACUCUUGUGCAAUGUUUUUUUUAUUCACAGUCUUGUUUGAGUCCGCCACCAACAGAGAGUUUGCAGGCUUUCUUCCAAGUUCAGCAGCUAAAGAGGAAACUUGAUGACGAUGUGUAGUGGAGCGAUGUUUCUUUGAGGGGGAAAGCAGGGCUGAGAGCUCCACUGCAUGUCAAUGCAAAUUUAGAUUUACUAUUCAGUGGCAUUUUGUUCAAAGAGACUGGUUGAUGAAUUCCAACACGUGUCACAUUCAAUUUCUUUUGCUGUUUGUGAGCAAAAUAACAAUAUAUUUACGUUGUCCUGUUUUAGUGUAACACCUCAAGGGAGAAAAAAACCUAUACAUUGUGUGCCGCUGCAUGUUUCGGCUUGCUUGGUGUCUGCGCUUAUCGAACAUGUGCACUGUUUCAGUUCACAAUUACCAUCAAUCCACAGCCCUGAUUAUUAGCUUGCCACAUUUGAAAAGACUGAUCAUUUAUAACGUUGUAAGAUUGGAUUGGUUUAAUGUAUGGUGUGCAGUUAUCGUACGGUUUGUCUGUUGCUCCCAUAAACCAAGAAAAACAAAACAAGUGAAGCUGUGGUCCAUUAAUUGUGCAGGUCUGACAUUGGGUGUUCCGGUAUUUGUGU